AUGGGGCCUCUUAUGAUCAUUCCUUCUCGUUUUCUCUGCUUCAUUUUCCUUGUGCUCAGUGCCUCAAGCCUCCACGUCCACGCCUUAGCUUGGCUUCAUGCUCAUGCAACCUUCUAUGGAGCCGAUCAAAGUCCCACCGCCUUGGGAGGAGCAUGUGGCUACGAUAACACGUUUCAUGCUGGGUUUGGAGUGAACACAGCAGCAGUGAGUACGAUGUUGUUCAGAGGUGGACAGGUGUGUGGUGCAUGCUACCGAGUAAUGUGCGACUACCGGGCCGACCCUAAAUGGUGCCUCCGGGGCCGGACCGUCACCGUCACGGCCACCAACUUUUGCCCUCCGAACAACCACGGAGGGUGGUGCGACCCGCCUCACCACCACUUCGACAUGUCCAUGCCUGCUUUCUUUCGCAUUGCUCGACAAGGCAACGAAGGCAUCGUCCCUGUCCUUUAUGCAAGGGUGGGGUGCAGGAGAAGAGGGGGAGUGAGGUUUACGUUGAAGGGGCAAGGGAACUUCAACAUGGUGAUGAUAUCGAACGUAGGAGGGAGUGGGGAAGUGAAGAAUGUGUGGGUCAGAGGGUCCAGGUCAGCAACGUGGUCCCAAAUGCAUAGGAACUGGGGGGCCUACUGGCAAGCCAACAUGGACCUUCGAAACCAAAACCUCUCCUUCAAGCUCACCUUGUCUGAUUCCAAAUCUGUUCUCUUCUCCAAUGUUGUUCCUUCCUCUUGGUCCUUCGGCCAGACCUUUGCUUCUCGCUCUCAGUUCUUCUAA